CACUUGGACGGGCUCGCGUCUCGCGCACGCAGCUUUCUACUGCCAUCCUCCGUGUAUGUAUAUAUCGUCACGCGCGAGCCUUGUCACCCGUCUUCUCUCCGCCUCGCGCACCCGGUUCCGCGUGCCUUUCCCCACCUACUCUCGCGGCUCUCGCCAGCCAGUCUAGGGUUUCGGUCCCGGCGUGCUUAUCCGCCCCCGCCGGCCAUGUCGAAGCAAGGAGGGAAGGCCAAGCCGCUGAAGGCGCCCAAGGCCGACAAGAAGGAGUACGACGAGACGGAUCUUGCAUAUCUGCAGAAGAAGAAAGAUGAGGAAAAAGCACUGAAGGAGCUUAAGGCCAAGGCACAGAAGGGCGCGAUUGGGGGCUCGGGUCUGAAGAAAAGUGGAAAGAAAUGAGACUGGUCACCCGUCUCCAAUACCUAGAGGAUGAUAAGGCAGCUGUCUAUCUGUGUUGCGCUUCACUAAGUGUGAUUGUAACAGUGGUACCUCUUGUGUUCUGUGUUCCGCGAUGUUGCAGUUGGUUGCUUGAUCGAAAGAUGUUUCAACCUCCCAUCUGCUAGCUAUGAUACAGAUGGUCCCCUGAUAAUAAUGAUGACAUAUUCUGUGA